UCCUUGCCGGGUGACACAUGCAAGUCUAAUGGCAGAAAGCAACAGGACCACUGAGGUUGCAGAACUUAUCUUGUGCAAUAAUGAAGCAAAUAUUUAUGAUUGCAAUCAAUCAGAUCCCAUGGGAUCUCAAAUGCCAAUCCCACUGACAGACGCCUGGCUGGUGCCAGUGUUUUUCAUCCUCAUUAUGUUUGUAGGUUUGGUGGGUAACUCACUGGUCAUCUAUGUAGUCGUCAAAAACCAGCAGAUGAAAACUGUUACAAACGUCUACAUAGUUAAUCUUGCCACCACAGAUAUACUUUUCCUGGUUUGCUGUGUUCCUUUCACUGCCACAUUAUACACUCUUCCUAGCUGGAUAUUUGGGGACUUCAUGUGUCGCCUGAUCAAUUACCUGCAACAGGUAACUGCACAAGCAACCUGCAUCACUUUGUCUGCAAUGAGUGUUGAUCGUUUUUACGUGACGGUCUACCCUCUCCAGUCCCUCCGUCAUCGAACACCACAGAUGGCUCUGUCUGUAUGCACCACGAUUUGGAUAUGUUCUUUGCUGCUUUCAGUGCCGAUAGCGUUGUAUCAGCACACAGAGUCUUCGUUCUGGUUCGGUCCACAGACAUACUGCACCGAGGCAUUUCCCUCUCUCAUUCAUAAGAGGGCUUACAUUCUUUACUCCUUCUUGGCUGUUUACCUGCUGCCUCUGAUCACCAUCUGCAUGUGUUACACCUUCAUGCUGAAACGCAUGGCUCAAGCCACGGUGGAACCUGUGAAUGGCUGUAACCAGCUUCAGACGCCAGCAGAACGGGUUGAAGCAGUGCGGACCAGAGUAUCCAGAAUGGUGGUUGUAAUGGUGCUGCUGUUUCUGCUCUGCUGGGGUCCAAUCCAGAUUCUCAUUCUCUUACAAGCAUUCUGUUCUGAAGAUGUGAGUCACAGCUAUACACUCUACAAACUGAAGAUCUGGGCUCACUGCAUGUCCUAUUCCAAUUCCUCCAUAAACCCCGUCAUCUACGCCUUCAUGGGAGCCAACUUCAGAAAGGCCUUCAGAAGUGUGUUCCCUUUGAUCUUCAAAAGGAGCGCAAGAACAACCCAGCCUCUCCCCACCUAUAACAGAGAGAUGAACUUUCUUUCAUCCUGACCCUAAAGGGUUUUUGAACUGGUUAUGCAUAAUUAUACCUUUGAAAGGCAAAAUCAAUGAUACUUUAUGAAGAUGCUCUCAGACCGAAACAAUUCCCCUGGAACAUUCAGUGAUUCGUUUAUUACAUUUUUUCAAACAAUCCUUUCAAAUUAUGAAGCACUGAAUGUAUGCCCUUGUGAAAAAGAAAUACACUUCAGUAUACUUUUAUGGAAAUAAAAUACUUUAAAAU